CCAGCCCUUCAUCCUCUGCCGUGCACAGCCCCGCUUCACCCACACCUGCCCGGGGAAACGUUUCUAAGGUGACCCCUGCUGAAGGAUGUCCUCUCCCUCAGAUCAACCCCUCCUCUCCUUCACCGGCCUGCCCCCCUUCCCCUCGCCUACGCCAGGAUUCGCCCUCGUGCCCAAUGCUACCUCGUGCGAGGAGUGGGAGCAGACCCACCACCUCCUCUUCCAUCUGGGGAACCUGUCGCUGCUGCUGGGCCUGGUCAUCCCAACCACCCUGGGCCUGCACAUGAUCCUGCUGCGCCUCCUGCUGAUGACAGGAUGUGGUUUCUACAUUGCCUGGGCGGCUCUGUAUAGGUGCAACCUGGAUGUGAUGGUUUGGAACGUGGUUUUUCUGGUGGUCAACUUCAUGCACCUCUUCUACCUCCUGUACAAGCGAAGGCCAAUUAAGAUCGACAGGGAGCUGCGGUCAGUCUACAAGCGGAUGUUUGAGCCGCUCCAUGUGAAGGAGGCUCUGUUUCAGAGGCUCACAGGACAGUUCUGCACCAUCCAGACAUUAAAGAAAGGCCAGGCCUACGCUGCGGAGGACAAGACGUCCGUGGACGAACGCCUCAGCAUUCUCCUCAAAGGAAAGAUGAAGGUGUCGUACAGAAGCCAUUUCCUCCACAACAUCUACACCAACGCUUUCAUUGAUUCUCCAGAGUUCAGGUCCACUCAGAUGCACAAGGGAGAUAAGUUCCAGGUGACCAUCGUGGCUGAGGAGAACUGUAAGUUCCUGUGCUGGUCUCGAGAGAGGCUCACCUACUUCCUGGAGUCAGACACUUUCCUCAGUGAGGUAUUCCGCUACCUCAUCGGCAAAGACAUCACCAAUAAACUGUACUCUCUGAACGACCCUACCCUCAGUGACAAGGCAGUGAAGAAGAUGGACCGUCAGCCCAGCCUGUGCUCGCAGCUGUCUAUGAUGCAGAUGAGGAACAGCAUGGCGAGCACCAGUGACACCGAUGAUGUUCUGAACCAGAUCCUACGAGGAGGAUCUGCUGGAUCGUCCGUCCAAAAAUCUCCUGGCACCAAGGCCUCCAAGAUGAACCCCAUAGAAGAAGCCAUGGAGGAUGACGUUUUCAAAGAAUGUGCUCCCUCCGAGUCUCAGCGUAUGCCCAGCACGUCAACUGAGGAAGUGUAGUCCGCAGGGGACGAAUG